UAUAACAAUAUCGACCAUCUUCAUUAUAUAUCAUACAUUCAUUUCCGAUAACAUAACCUAAACUAUUGAGAAUGAAUCAAAAUCAAAAUCAAACAAUGGAUGAAAUGUGUAAAGAAGUCCAAGAAGAAGUUGAAAAGUUAGUGAAAUGUCUUCCUAAGGUUACUCAAAGAGGCUCUUCCUUUGAAAUGAUAAAGUAUCAGGAUUCCUGGUAUUUCAUUACAGGUAAUUUGUUCAGAAAUGUUGUUACCUUUCAAAAACACUUUGUUGCUAAACAUACCGAUAUUAUCAUUACUAGCCUUCCCAAAACCGGCUCAACUUGGUUAAAAUCUCUACUCUUUGCGGUCGUUAAUCGCGCAAAUCAUCCCAUUAAUCAAAGCCCUUUACUCACUUGCCAUCCACAAGAGCUUGUUUAUAGCUUAGAGACCGAUGUAUAUAGUGAAGCGUUUCCUUAUCCUCGCCCACACCAUCUUAACGAGGUUAAGCCACCUAGGCUUCUUAGCACCCAUGUCCCUUACACAUCUCUUCCUGAAUCUAUCAAGACUUCUGAGUGUCGCCUUUUAUAUAUAUGUCGAAACCCUUUAGAUACGCUCGUUUCAAGCUAUUACUUUUUCCAAGAGUAUAUGAAAAAAUUUCAAGAGAAAAAACAAGAUUUUGCGACAAAACGUAGUCUUGGUGAUACCUUUGAGGAUUUUUGCAAUGGGAAAAGCUUAUUUGGGCCUUUCUUUGAACAUGUUCUUGGGUAUUGGAACAUGAGUUUAGAGCGACCUGAUAAGGUGUUGUUCCUCAAGUACGAGGACUUGAAAAAUGAUCCUGAACUUCAUUUGAAGAGGUUGGCGGAAUUUAUAGGUAUGUCCUUCUCACCUAAAGAGGAAAAUGAAGGUGUCAUAAAACAAAUUGUAGAGUUGUGUUGUAUUAAGACUAUGAAGGAGGUUAAUAAGAGUGGUGUUAUUAACAAGUUCUUUGAGAAGAAGAGUUACUUUAGGAAAGGCGAGGUUGGGGAUUGGACCAAUCAUCUUACACCUUCGAUGGUCGAGAGGAUGAAUAAACUCAUGGAAGCAAAGCUUGAAGGAUCUGGUUUAUCUUUCAAAUUGCUUUCUUAAUUAAUAAACUAAUACUACUAUGCAUGUAUGGUACGUGCGUGUUCAUGUUGUAGAUCGAUCAAUUAGCUACGUAUCCGUACUUACGUUGUAUCUUAAUUUGAAUAAUCAUGCAUUGUAGUUUUGAUUGGAA